AUGGCUCCUACAAUCACUACACAAAUCAUCUACUCUACAGAGCAUCUGAAACACAAGGAUAACAAGCUGAGAAAACCAAUGGUGGAGAAACUGCGCAGAGAUCGCAUCAACAGCAGCAUUGAGAAGCUCAAGUCUCUCCUGGGCAGAGAGUUCCUCAAGCAGCAGCCUGACUCCAGACAGGAGAAAGCUGACAUCUUGGAGAUGACCGUCCAUUUCCUGAAACAACAGGAGAGCCAGAAUUCCUCCACCUGCUCCUCUGCAGUCAGUGAUGGUUACUCCAGGUGUGUGCAGGAGGCUGUCAACUUCCUGUCUCAAUGUCAUGUCCAGAAUGAGUCCCAAAGAAGACUGCUGAGCCACUUCCACAACAUGGGAUCUCCCACUGAGAAGAACAGAAGCGUCCUUCCACAUCUGCACUCUUCAACUCAUCAGAUCUCUAAGAAAGAGGAAACUCCACUCUGUAAAGUACUGUGGAGGCCCUGGUAG